CUUAGCAAACAAUUUUCUUUUCAAACUUUAGCUCCUCACUCUACAAGUGCUCUGCAUAAGUGAGAAUGUCUUGAUGGAAAAGCAUCAUAGGUAGUGCCUUAUGAAGCCGGUUAGCAGAACACCCAAUAUGCGCAAAGAUGCCAUCAAAGUACAGGAUAGUUACAUUGAAGAAUCAAAAAUCUAACAUAGUCAACAUUUAUCACAGAAUAAUCACGUGUUAUUUAAUUGGUUUCAUGCCCUGGUUUUUUUUUUUUUUUAGUGUAGAAAAACAAAUAGUAGGUGUGUCCAAACGUUUGACUGGACACACCUACUAUUGGAUAAACAUUUUUAUAAUAUCCUAUUGCACCCAUAAUAGCACUGAACAAAAACAACAUUAUUUACACGAUGCUGAUAGAAGAUGGAACAAAUGAAAAUACAGCAGAUAAUAUGCUCCUACAUCCAUAAUAACAACUGAAUCACAUAAAAAUGUUAUGUAAUGAAAAUAUAUGGCCUACUGUAAGAUAAAUAGAUCAGCAAAAUACAUUUUAUUAUUUAUUGUAUUUAAAAAUAUUUUCUUGAUCUGUGCAUAAGUGGCUUCAAUUUAAAUUGUAAUGUUUUAGACUGCAUCGUUCAGAAAUGAAUCCAAGACUGUUGAUUCUUAUCUAACGGUUUAACAAUCUAAUGAAGUCAGACUCCUUGCGUCUGGAUGUGUGUCGACUUCCUUGUUAUUCUAAACGCUAAAGUGUAACGCAAGCCAUUUCAGACCAGGUCUAGGACUAAUCAGGGGGGCUUACCAGAAAUGUCUUAUGGUCACAUAUCAGUCACACUCUCAAGACCAAGCAUUGACACAGUGUCAAAAUAUCAUCAAACCAAACAUCCAAAGUACAAUCCCGUUGACGUAAGAAAAGUUUGUUUCGAAUCGGUUUUUUAUUGAGCACUUUGGUCCUCACUUUUAUGCCAAAUCUGAAUAAUAUGAUUGUUGAAUUCAGCUUUCUAAAGCAAAAAAUGGCUGGUUUUAAAACAGAAUACCAUACAAUACCCUAAAACAAAACAUAGAUUGGUGAACGUGGGGCAUGGGGUGCCAUCUCAUCGACGGCUACACGCGAAUACAUGCUGAAAUGUGCUUGGGCCCCGUUGAGCCGUAAACCAUCGCCACAGAAUACCUUUACUCAACACAUAUUCGGCUCUUGUCAGCAGUAUUUAUAUUUACGGCAUUAUCUUUGUCUUUGUAAACACAUUCUCUACCGCAAAAUAUUUGCAUCCAUUUUUAGGUCAAUUUCUACGUCUUAUUUUAUUAGUUAAACACACUGCAGUACACGCGUACGUAAUUUUAUAAUAAAUAUAAUCAAUAUUCUUCCCUCAUCCGCGCUACUCUGUACGUGGUUGUGGCCUAUUCCCACUCGUCCUCCGUCCUCCGCCUUUCCUGUCUCUCGGCCAAGAAAUGCGAAACGCAAUCCGAGCACCAGGUCACAGAGAGUAGUUAUUUUAAACCCUAAAACUCGGCUACCUCGAAAGAGCAUGGGUAUACAAGCAAUCGGACUGUCAAUCGACAUCGGUUUACUUGACUUGAAGUAAAAUGAAGGAACGCCCGUCAGCGCUUCGCGUCCGUUUACCGCUUGCUGUUCCUUUGCUGCUUGCGCGUUGCCAAUGUCUCUACCAGUAGUCCUGCCUGGAUCUUGCUGCCGAUUAACCGGGGCUUCGUUCGCCCCACACUUUUCAGAUUCGUUUUACAGAAGCCGCGACCGCCGCAUGCCCGCCGCUCCGUCGCGCACGCCUGGAUCUCAGUCCGGGCUCAUCCCGGAGUGGCCGCCCGGCCGACCGCUGCUGUCGCUCGGGCUGCUGCAGCUGGUUCUCGGCUGCGCCAUGGUGGCGCUCUCCUUCGGGGCUCUGUCCCUCAGUAGCUCGCCCCCCAUAAGGAAUUCCUGUCCGUUCUGGGCAGGAUCUUCAGUCAUCCUCUCAGGGAUCAUCGGCCUCACAACAUGGAAGAGACCCAUGCUCUUGCUGGUGAACCUGUUUGUGUUGCUGUCCGUGGUGUGUAUCCUCCUGAACCUGGCAGCCUUCAUCCUUUGCUGCCAGGGAGCUCAGCUGGUGUCCAACUCCAACUUCUGUCAGCUGAGCGAGCGCGGCGACAUCUGCAACUGCUGUGCCGAGAGCCCGAGUAGCCAGUGUCAGGACGAGAAGCUGCUACGCAUUUACGCUGGCCACUCGUGCGAGACCAUGCGAAUACUGCUUAAGAAAGUUCUGUUUGCGCUGUGUGCACUGAACGCGCUGACCACAGCGGUGUGUCUGAUCGCAGCUGCUCUCCGAUACCUCCAGAUCUUCUCUGCCAGACGACCAUGCAUGGUGAGAGGGCCCGGUUCAGUUCCAUUUCACACUGGAAUAAAGGUGGAGGUGCAGAAUGUUCCAGAAGAGAGAGAGGAGCAGCAGCGCUUCUCCGAUCCGGAGGAAUUUGUGCCGCCCGCACCACCUCCAUCCUACUUCUCCACCAUCUACUCCUGUACCCCACGGCUGGCGCGCAGGAUGUUCGGGGACAGCGUGAUCCCACUGCCCCAUAUAUACGGCGCCCGGAUCAAAGGCGUGGAAGUCUUCUGUCCCCUGGACCCCCCUCCCCCUUACGAGGCCGUCGCAGCUGUGGAGACCCCGCCCCUUCUGGUGCAGGGCUCCGAGGCUCAAGUGUCGGAUCCUACAGAAGGGCUUUCGUGCUGCUCUGUGAUGGAUAUAGUAAACGACGGCAGGUGUCUGCCGGGCCCCACCCCAAGCCCCCCACGAUGCCCCGUGCCGCCCGUGCAGGUGCCCAUGGCCGCCAAAGUGAGCAGGAAGGCCCGCAGGCCACGGACGCGCAGGUCCAACAGUGACCCUGUUCUCCUAGACCUGGCUGCCAAAGUAAUGAGGUGUGAGGCGGCUACACAGACGGAAAUGGGGGCGGGGCCAGCCGCUGUCACCAUGCGGCGGGGGCGGGGCCCUCGUCGGCCACGCCCCUCCUCCAUGGUCGACUACCAGAGCUACAGGGACACCAAGCUGCUGGUGGCCCAGUUCCUGCAGCAGUCGUCCUCGUGCAGCCUCACGCGAGAGGUGCGGGAGUUGAUCGACAGCAUCACGAGCGUUCUGCGCUCGGACGAGGAGCACAUGGAGGAGGUGCUGCGCUGCGCCUGCCUCAUAGACCAGGUGAUGUCCGGGAGUGGUGGGUCGUCACGGGCAACCCAGACCAGACAGCCUCGGUGGGACUGCACCUCCAACACGGUGCCCCUACGAAAGCAGCCAGGCCUGCUGCACCUGUGGAGCUGCGGCGACCUCAGCACGUUCACCUUGGCCGAGCUGCACCUGGCCAGCAAGGAGGCUCGGUCGGGCUCGCGGCCUGGAGCCCGACGCCUCCCACAUGAGCGGCCCCACAGCCUGAUGGGAGUGUCCCAGGAAACAGUUAUCUGAAAGCCGAAGAAAGAAAGACUGACGUCUGCUCUGGAGCUAAGGAACAUCUGCCUUCAGCGGCAAGAAGCUGAAACAAAACAGCUGUCAUCAUUUGUGGUUUUUAUUAUUUUUCAACUUAUUUUUUUUUGUUGCAGGGGUGUGUGUGUUUUGUGGGUCGCACUAGAAGUUGGGAGUUUUCUGUAUUGAGUUUUCUGUGCUUUGGCACAGCUGAGAUAAUGCGAUGGAAAGCAACAGAACGAUUAUUGUUAUAUGCUAAUGAUCAUGAUUUCUUACAAAGGAUGUACUCUUUCACAUAAAAUACUAGAACAUGGAUUAAUACAUUGUUUGGUUAAAUUCUUAUAAAAAUGAAACUGGGGCAGUUUUGAGCCUUACAGUCAUCCCAGUUUUCUUGCCCACAAAUAUAUUUUUGAACUUGAUGUGACCUGCAGAUUUGUAAUUAUUUUAUUAAUAUUCUAAACGUAUUGUUUGUACAUUUAUCUUCGGUAUUCCAUCUACUGUCCUACUCGUGGAAUUCAGUGUGCAUGGGUAAUAUGUUUUAAAGGUCAGCGGAGCGGCCUGAAGACUUCCUGCUUCGGAUGUUCACCCUUCAUCGGUUGAAAAUCAAGAUGUGAACUUUAAAGCCAUGACAACCAUGACAAUCAUGUAUCAAAAACAGCAGCUUUCUAUGUCACAGUAAAACAGAAUGAUUGUAGUACAGACUUUGUAGUGAGGACUGGAUUCUUUCAAGGCAAAAGCAACAGGCAUCGUGUGUUUUUCAGUAAGUCAUUUAUUGUUUUUAAAUACUGUUACAAACAUUCCUGCUAUGACGAAGGAAUGUGGCUCAAUAAUUCAUCACAGAAAAGCUAGCAAAUAAAUAAACAUUGCCAUUGCUUU